AUGCACAUGCUCCAGUUGAUGCGAUCGAGAGAAUUGGUCACCGAGAGUGGUAUCCUGAGUGCGACAGAAGACUUUCUUUUCAUCCCUCUUGUGUCGAGAGACUCUGACCAGCUUCAACCGCCUUUGAAGAAGCACAUGGUUGACAAUCUCUUUAUUUCACAUUUCCAUGCCCCCGAGGCUGGGUAUAGGUAUCUCGAAGAAGAUGACUGGCUUUCAGAUGGACAAAUCUCUGCUUCAUCUGUAAUCCACAAGUCGAAAGAAACCAAAAUACAGAGGGCUACAGUUAGUCCGAAGGAUAUGGAACAACUACGUGAGACAAGUACAACAAUCAGCACGAGUGCCGAAGUUGCUCGAUACAUCCAGGAUAUUGUUGUAUUUCUGCGUCUGAGUCGUGCAGUUUCUGGUGGGGUAUCGGCAAAAGCAAACAUUGAAUUCUCUCGUUUUGCACAACUUCUGGCUCCUCUACAUGGUAUUGAUUAUCUGACUCCCUCAAUUGUGGCACUGGCUGCGAGGAAGGUCUUCCGUCAUCGCCUCAUCGUCACAGCCCCAGGCGAGGACCGCAGUCUACAGUACGGAAGUAAUCUACGCGCAGUAUCUCAUGUACUCGCCGAUGUAACACCAGAUUCAAUACUUGACGGUGUUCUGGCUCUCGAGCCACCGCUAUAA